AUGGCUCAAAAUGGAAUCAUAGUUCCUGCAGAUCAUCCUCAAGAAUUGACUCCGAAAAAGAAAACCACUUUAGUGUCUAAGAGUUGGAUUUUAUUGGAUUGCAGUGGAGAAGGAACAAUAUUAGAUGUAGAUAAGUAUACUAUUAUGGAGAGAGUUCAGAUUCAUGCUAGAGAUCUUAGAAUCCUUGACCCUCUUUUAUCAUAUCCUUCUACCAUUUUAGGUAGAGAAAAAGCCAUUGUUCUCAAUUUGGAGCAUAUCAAAGCAAUAAUCACUGCAGAUGAGGUAUUGCUCCAAGAUCCACUAGAUGAUAAUAUUAUACCCAUUGUUCAAGAACUUAGAAGGCGAUUACCUCUUUCGAAUCUCGUUCACCAAUGUCAAGGACAUGGGAAGGAGUAUCUGAGUGGGCAAAAUGAUGAAGCAGCUGGUGAAGAAGAUGAGUCUCCAUUUGAAUUCAGGGCAUUGGAAGUAGCGUUAGAAGCUAUUUGUAGUUUUCUUGGUGCAAGAACAACAGAAUUGGAAACUGCUGCUUACCCAGCUUUAGAUGAGCUGACCUCCAAGAUUAGCAGCCGAAACUUGGAUCGGGUACGUAAAUUGAAGAGUUCAAUGACAAGGUUGAUUGCUCGGGUUCAAAAGGUAAGGGAUGAGCUUGAACAACUUCUUGAUGAUGAUGAUGAUAUGGCUGACCUAUACUUAUCAAGAAAAUUGGAUGGAGCUUCUUCACCUGUCAGUGGCUCUGGUGCACCUGAUUGUUUCCCUGCAAAUCCUACUAUAGGAUCAAGAAUAUCCAGAGCUAGUAGGGCAAGUGCUGCAACCUUUCAUGGAUAUGAGAAUGAUGUUGAAGACCUUGAAAUGUUACUUGAGGCAUACUUUAUGCAGAUUGAUGGUACAUUGAACAAAUUGACUACGCUUCGUGAAUAUAUUGAUGAUACAGAGGAUUUCAUUAAUAUUCAGCUUGACAAUCAUCGAAAUCAGUUGAUUCAGCUGGAGCUCUUCCUAAGUACUGGAACUGUUUGUUUAUCUAUCUAUUCUUUGGUGGCUGGAAUAUUUGGAAUGAAUAUCCCAUACACAUGGAAUACUAACCAUCCAUACAUGUUUAAAUGGGUCGUCGUCGUCACUGGAAUAAUUUCUAUUGCUGUGUUUGUAUUGAUCAUUUCCUACGCGCGCUACAAAGGUCUCAUUGGGUCUUGAAUAUCUUCAAAACAAGUUGUUAGGUGAAAUCUGAAUGGAUUUUAGUGAAUUAAACUUUGAAUACUCCUAAUCUUUCCAUGGCAAUAAAGUGCAGUAGCUGAGACCCAAUGUGA